AGAUGACAUAUUGAUAUUAUUCGUGUUAAGUGUUAACUGUUAAAAAUCAUGUUGAAAAAAUAAGAAUAAUCACGAUAAGAUUAUUUUUAUCUUUUAUCAAAAUUCUAUCAGUUACUUGAGAGCUUCAGACGAGAGUGACGAGACUCAGUCUCGAGCGUGGUCGGGUGGACUUAUAAAGAAAUAUAUUAUUUUGUUUAUGGUCUCGUGUCUAUAGUGUCUAUAUAGUAUAUAAUAUAUUCUGUUGUUCGGUUUCAACUUUAAUCUGUGACUUUAUCAUUUUUAUUUAUCUAUUUACUGAUUUCUAACAAAAUUUAAAUAUAUUAAAAUGGAAAAUGCAUUAGAAAAUAUUUUUAACACCAGCAUAAAAAAGUUGGAUAUACGUAUAAAUGAAGGCUGCAUUAAUAAUAGUUCAGUUUAUCAAACAGAAGAUAAUAAAUUAUUAUUUGUGAAAGAUAAUUCAAAACCAGGGUCAGAUAAGAUGUUCAAUGGUGAAUUAGAAGGCCUUAAAGCAAUAUGUAGUACAAAUACUAUUUCAGCUCCUUAUCCUAUUGCCACUGGCUGUACAAAUAGUGGUCAACAUUUUAUUGUUAUGGACUAUUGGAAAAUGAGUUCUUUAAAUAUGAAAUGUACAUCAGAAUUAGGCAGUCAAUUAGCAGAAAUGCAUUUGUUUAAUUUAAAAGAGGGUCAACCACAUAUAAACAAAUUUGGCUUUCAUGUUGAAACGUGUUGUGGAUUUUUACCUCAAAAUAAUACAUGGACUGAUGAUUGGAUUACAUUCUACACGGAAAAUCGUUUAAAUUAUCAAUUACAGUUGCUACAAUCAAAGUCAGGAAACAAUUUAAAAAAAAAAAAAGUCAUUGAAAAUUAUUGGCCUCAACUGAAACAUAGAAUUCCCAAAUUCUUUGAAGGAAUAGAAAUUAAGCCUUCAUUACUUCACGGGGACUUAUGGCCAGGAAAUACUGCUCAAUCAAAUUCAAAACCAGUUAUUUUUGAUCCUGCUACAUUUUAUGGGCAUCAUGAAUAUGAUAUUGCUUCUAUUUCAUUAUUUGGAGGUAUUUCUGAAGAUUUUUAUACAGCAUAUUUUAAAAAAAUACCAAAAUCUAAUGGGUUUGAAAAUAGAAAGUUAUUAUAUCAUUUGUUCCAUUAUUUAAAUCAUUGGAAUCAUUUUGGAGGAAGUUAUGUUGACUUAACAAUAGACACUUUUGAAUCAUUACUUAAUUUUUAUUAGUUAUUAAUAGUUUGAUAUUUUUAUAAAGU